AUGGAUCCCAGUGCGGCUUUCCCCCAGCGGCAGCGCUGGUCACUCAACACAGUUUUUGAUGUAAACCCUUCAAAGAGACGAGAUCCCUCUAAUCAGAUGAACCCGGACUUCUACCACUCGCUCCCACUGGAACAAAUUGCUUCUUUCAACAACGACUCGAUAGAGAGGCGAGCCAGCCCGGGCGGCGGCGGCGGCGGAACCAUGAGCACGAGCCGGGAUUAUUCUGUUAAUCUGUCCGUGCAGCAGGUGCUGAGCCUCUGGGUGCAAGGCGCGACUCUGCAGCACUUAUCGCAGAUGUGGUACUGGGUGUUCCUGUGGUGUCUCUUCUCCUCGCUCUUUGUCCACGGGGCGGUGGGGCUGCUCAUGUUGGUCAUGCUGCAGCGCCACAAGAGGGGCCGCCUCAUCACCCUGGUGCUGGUCAGCGUGGGGUUCCUGGCUUCCCUCUCCGGAGGCGUCAUCACCAGCGCGGCGGUGGCCGGAGUUUACCGCGUGGCGGGGAAGGACAUGGCCCCGCUGGAGGCUCUGGUGCUCGGCGUGGGUCAGACCUCCCUCUCCGUGGUCAUAUCCUUCUCCCGCAUCCUGGCCACUCUGUGAAGGACACCCCCCCCCCCUCGGACGCUGAGGAAUCCAGCCAAUCAGAGACUAAGAGGCAAAGAUGCUCUGGACCUUUUAGAGCUAGAUGCAGGACAGAGCGCCCCCUGGGUCCCUGCUCUGUCUCUGCAACAGUCCCUCAGGGAUUCAGAGGGAACUUCAUGGAAGGCGGAGAUCAGGUGGAGAUGGAGGCAUCCUCAGCCUCUGGACUCGAACGCCACGUCACGUUCCGGGUGUUAUCCGGAGUGCCACCGUGCCAACGUCCAGAUGCCUGCGUGGCCCCUGACUCUUGAACUCUUUCUGUUGCACUUGCUGUGAAGAAAAACUGUUUCUUUAAAAGUGAAGCAACAGUGACGACCUGAACUAAACGAUCAGCGUGAGAAGACGAGGAGUUUUAUGGCGCGGAACCACCGACAGUGUUCAUCAGCCUAACUCGCUCUUCAUCAGCUCGAGGCCUCCAGGUCGAUCGCUCCUUUUCCUCAGUCGACUUCAAAGCUGCACCCCCCCCCCCACACACACACACACACACACACUCACGAGCAACAUGCAGCUUUGAGGAGUUGUGCACUUUCUAAACAUUGGAGACGCUCUUUGCCUGAGACGUGUGAAACCAGUGGAUGUGGAGGAGAAAACCAGCAUCAGUGCUACGCUCCCGUCCUCCUGUUUGAGAUAUUGAUUUGUCGUGUGCCAACCUGCAGCUCGGAAUGGAGACGCUCUGGGGAAACACAAUUAUUCACCUCUCCCCCUCGUGUCUGUGCAGUAAAUAUGAAGCGGGACUCGGGAUCUGAAUCGACCUUCCCGAUAAUCACGGGAGAUUUAUUGAUCCGAGGUCGGCCUGAACAGAUUAUCAGCCACAAUGAUCCUCUGGAGGUUUACAGACACAGAAUCACAGUUUUAGAUUAAAUAUCAUGUUUGAUUUUUUUUUCUCGGUGACAGAAUAUUGAGCAGAACACUGAGAUGAUUGGAUUGUGUUUAUUGCAGCAGGACCACAGACACCCGUCCAUCUUCAUCCAGCUUCUCUUCUCCUGCACAGACACGAGAGUGAAUCGUUCCUCUCGUCUGAACUCCCGACAGGAAAACGAAUCUGUUUCCUGAGGUGUUGAAAUGUUUCUUUAAUGCAAAUAGAGAGAAAGUUUUAGAGAAAGUGGUAUUGAUAUUCAUAACGGCUUGUCGACAGCAUGAACCCCCCCCCCACACCCCCCCCCACCGAGGAGGUCGGACACACUCGGCUGCUCUGUGGCUUCUUCCUCUUUCCUUUGUGUCGCUGCUUUCAACCCAUGUUCCUUAAGUUUAACUUUGCACAUUGCACUGAAUUGAAUCUGCCUUGUUCUUUGCAGCACACGCGUGUGUGUGUGUGUGCGAUGACACGACUCUGGUGUGACCCCCGCCCACUUUUCACAUCAUUACACCCAGAAGAGACUUAUUCUGUAAAGGAUCAAAUAUGAAGAAUGUGCUUGAAACUUCAAUUCUUCACUGUUGGGACUGAAGAAUCCUCCUCAGUGAUCAAACAGAUUCCUUUGUACAUAAACCCCGGGGGAGAGGAGUUAAGCCAAAGUAUCGCUCACAUUUUACCUUUUUAUUUAUCAUCUUUUUCCUUCUUAAUUAACAUCACAGCCAGAGAUUUGCACAUCGGCUCGUUUAUCAAAGAGCCUCCGGACCAGUGGUUAACACGUAUAAACCCCACAGAUGAUGUGAAGAUGGUUGUGUGUUGUGUAAACCUGUGUGUGCUGCGAGGCACUGAAGGUAACACGAGUUAUGUAACUGACACGGCUCACCUUCAGUACCCAGUUGGCACACAAGAGGGCGCUAUGGCACACGAGUGGGGUGGCAGCAGGAGCCUGAGGGAGGGUUGCUGCUGCAGAGGUGUUUUCUAAGAACAAAACGUGUGAAAUUCAUAAUCAACACCGGCUCCUUACCCGCUGCACGCUCUGCACAUUGUCCGCAACCCCCCCCCCCCCCCC